CCGUAAGCGAUGAGAAAGACAACCGGUAUCCACCACAGAGAUCACUUUGUGGUUACAACAACUACGUAGUAGUACCAUCGUGGUACACGCGGGGCGGCGCGGAUUCAAUUCUCGUUCAUUGAGCCUAACUCACAGCAGCAAGUAUACCUAACUUUGUGUGUGCAUGUUUUCAAAGCAGUGCGCUCUACUCCAAGCGUCCUGACUCCGUCGUUAACAGCGGUUGAGUAUUAGUUCUCUCCACGAAAUAAUAUGACAAAAAUCCUGCUCGCUUACAACGUUGUGAAAACCCUCCGGCAUGGAUGUCUCGUUGGCAAAAGGCUGGGGAAAACCAGCUCAUGGAUGCGCUCCUGCACCAAACUUUUCAGUGUGAAGGCCCAGACUGCCCAUCUUGUUCUAGAGGAUGGGACAAGGAUAAAGGGAUACUCAUUCGGGCAUGAUGGUUCCGCUGCUGGGGAGCUAGUGUUCAACACUGGCCUCGUUGGGUAUCCUGAGGCGCUGACAGACCCCAGCUACAGAGGCCAGAUCCUGACCCUCACCUACCCCAUAGUGGGGAACUAUGGGGUCCCCAACACCCAGGAGGUGGAUGAACUGGGCCUCAGGAGAAACGUGGAGUCGGAGCGCAUACAGGUUUCUGGUCUCCUGGUGCAAGAUUACAGCCACGAGUACAGCCACUGGAACUCGAUCAAAUCCUUGGGACAUUGGCUUCAGGAGGAGAAGGUUCCUGCAUUGUAUGGGAUAGACACUAGGAUGCUGACAAAGAUCAUCAGAGACAAGGGAACAGUUUUGGGAAAGAUUGAAUUUGCCGGCGAGCCGGUGGAUAUAUUCAACCCAAACCUGAAAAACUUGGUUGCAGAUGUCUCCACCAAGGAAACCAAAGUGUUCGGUAAAGGAAACCCCAUCAAAAUAGUGGCUGUCGACUGUGGUAUCAAGCAUAACAUUAUCCGCUUGUUGGUCAAGCGUGGUGCUGAGGUCCACUUGGUUCCCUGGGACCAAGACCUUAUGAGCCUAGACUAUGAUGGUCUGUUCAUCUCAAAUGGGCCAGGAGACCCCUCCCUAGCCCAGGCUCUGAUUCAAAAUGUCCGCAAUGUGCUGGAAAGUGACCGUCCCCAGCCAGUGUUUGGGAUCUGCAUGGGAAACCAGAUCACUGCUCUGGCGGCCGGAGCUCAGUCCUACAAGCUCCCCAUGGGCAACAGGGGGCAAAAUCAGCCUGUGUUGAAUGUAAUGACGGGCCAGGCGUUCAUCACAGCCCAGAACCACGGCUACGGCAUCGACACUGAGUCCCUACCUCCAGGAUGGAGUCCGCUAUUUGUCAAUGCCAAUGAUGGCACCAAUGAGGGCAUAAUGCAUAACUCAAAGCCAGUGUUCACAGCGCAGUUCCACCCCGAGGCUAAAGGAGGUCCCACAGACACAGAGUUUCUCUUCGACGCCUUCAUAUCGCUGAUCAAAAAGGGCAAGGACGGCAACAUUGUGUCAGUCAUGCCCAAAAGGCCUAUCAUCCCUCCUAGGACAAAGGUGUCCAAGGUCCUAGUGCUGGGCUCCGGGGGGCUGUCCAUUGGCCAGGCAGGAGAGUUUGACUACUCUGGGUCCCAGGCCAUUAAAGCAUUGAAGGAGGAGAACGUGAAGACGGUGCUGAUGAACCCAAACAUAGCAUCGGUGCAGACCAACGAAGUGGGCUCCAAGCAGGCCGACUCGGUGUACUUCCUGCCCGUCACGCCUCAGUUUGUCACGGAAGUGAUCAAGACCGAGCGGCCCGAUGGAAUCCUUCUCUCCAUGGGGGGUCAGACCGCCCUCAACUGUGGCGUGGAGCUGUUUAACAGUGGGGUCCUGCAGCAGUACGGGGUCAAGGUGCUGGGGACCCCGGUGGAGUCCAUCAUGGCCACCGAGGACAGGCAACUCUUCGCUGAGAAACUGACGGAGAUCAACGAGAAGAUCGCCCCUAGUUUCGCUGUGGAGUCGGUGGUGGACGCCCUGAAAGCGGCGGAGACGAUCGGCUACCCUGUGAUGCUGCGGUCGGCCUACGCCCUGGGAGGUCUGGGCUCAGGCCUGUGCGGCGACCGACCCAAGCUGGAGGACACGGCUCGCAAGGCCCUGGCGAUGAGUAGACAGAUCCUUGUGGAGAAGGCCUUGAUGGGCUGGAAGGAGGUGGAGUACGAGGUGGUGAGGGACAUCGCUGACAACUGCGUCACCGUCUGCAACAUGGAGAACUUCGACCCGCUGGGCAUACACACCGGUGACUCCAUCGUGGUGGCCCCCAGCCAGACCCUCUCCAACGAGGAGUACCACAUGCUCCGCGAGACCGCCAUCAAGGUGGUGCGCCACCUCGGCAUCGUGGGCGAGUGCAACAUCCAGUACGCCCUCCACCCCUUCUCCCUGGACUACUGCAUCAUCGAGGUCAACGCCCGACUCUCCCGCAGUUCCGCCCUCGCCUCAAAAGCCACCGGGUACCCGCUGGCAUUUGUGGCAGCAAAGCUGGCACUGGGCAUCCCCUUGCCGGAGAUCAAGAACGCGGUGUCUGACAAAACCACGGCGUGCUUCGAGCCCAGCCUGGACUACAUCGUCACCAAGAUCCCCCGCUGGGACCUGGACCGCUUCCAGGGAAUGUCCCGGGAAAUAGGCAGCGCUAUGAAGAGCGUCGGAGAGGUGAUGGCGGUGGGCCGCACCUUUGAGGAGAGCAUGCAGAAGGCCCUGAGGAUGUGCCACCCGUCCGUGGACGGCUUCAUGCCGCGGCUGCCCCUCAACAGGGCCUGGGGCGCUGCCCAGGACCUCGAGCAGGAGCUGGCCGUGCCCUCAAGCACCCGCGUCUUCUCUCUGGCAAAGGCCCUCCACAGCGGUAUGAGCGUGGACAGAAUCCAUGAGCUCACGGCGAUAGAUAAGUGGUUCCUGCACAAACUCAACCGCAUCACACUGCUGGAGCAGCACCUGACCAACUUCAACAGUGUGACCGUGCCGAGGCAGCUGCUGCUGAAGGCCAAGCAGGACGGCUUCUCGGACCGACAGAUAGGUCACAUCCUGGGCUCCAGCGAUUCGGCCGCCAGGGAGUUGAGGCUGGCCCACAACAUCAGACCCUGGGUCAAACAGAUUGAUACUCUGGCAGCAGAAUAUCCUACCAUGACCAACUAUCUUUACUGCACCUACCACGGAGAGGAGCAUGACUUGUCCUUCGAAGACCGGGGUGUGAUGGUGCUUGGCUGUGGGCCCUACCAUAUCGGCAGCAGUGUAGAGUUUGAUUGGUGCGCGGUGUCUAGCAUCCGGGCCUUGCGGCAGAUGGGCAAGAAGACUGUGGUGGUGAACCAUAACCCGGAGACGGUCAGCACCGACUUUGAUGAGUGUGACCGCCUCUACUUUGAGGAACUCACCCUGGAGCGUGUCCUGGACAUCACACAACAAGAGGGCUGCUCGGGCAGCAUCGUGUCGGUGGGGGGCCAGAUCCCCAACAACCUGGCUGUGCCGCUGCACCAGAACGGGGUGAACAUCCUGGGCACCAGCCCCCUGCAGAUCGACCGGGCUGAGGAGCGCUCCGUCUUCUCCAGCAUCCUGGACGACCUCGGCAUCGCACAGGCGCCCUGGAGGGCUCUCAGCUCCCUGGAAGAUGCCAUUUCCUUUGCCAACAAGGUGGGCUACCCAUGUCUCCUAAGACCUUCCUACGUUCUCAGCGGCUCUGCCAUGAAUGUGGCUUAUGGAGAGGAAGAGAUGAAGCGCUUCCUGGAAGAAGCCUCUCAGGUGUCCCAGGAGCAUCCAGUGGUCAUCACCAAGUUCAUCAUUGGUGCCAGAGAAGUCGAGGUGGACGCAGUGGCGAAAGCGGGCAAGGUUCUGGUCCACGCCAUCACAGAGCACGUGGAGGAUGCUGGCGUGCAUUCAGGCGACGCCACCCUGAUGCUGCCCACUCAGAGCAUCAGCCAGGGGGCGCUGGAAAAGGUGAAGAAUUCCACUCGGAAAAUCGCUCAGGCCUUUGAGAUCUCAGGACCCUUUAACACCCAGUUCCUGGUGAAAGGCAAUGACGUCAUGGUUAUUGAGUGUAACCUCCGGGCCUCGCGCUCCUUCCCCUUCGUGUCCAAGACCAUCGGCGUGGACUUCAUCAACGCCGCCACCAAGGUGAUGGUCGGCGAGCCGCUGGAUGAGGCCAGCCUGCCCUCGCUAGAGAACCCCAUCAUUCCUGUCGACUACGUGGGCAUCAAGGCCCCAAUGUUCUCGUGGCCUCGUCUGAGGGAUGCAGACCCUGUGCUCCGCUGUGAGAUGGCCUCCACCGGAGAAGUAGCCUGUUUUGGACCAAACAUUUAUUCUGCCUUCCUGAAGGCCAUGCUCUCUACAGGUUUUAAGCUGCCUCAAAAGGGAAUUCUGAUCGGCAUUCAGCAUUCGUUCCGGCCCAACUUCCUGGCCACAGCACAUCAUCUGAAAGAAGAGGGCUUCAAGCUGUACGCCACAGAGGCCACAUCGGCCUGGCUGGGGGCCAACGACGUGCCUGCCACGCCCGUGGCCUGGCCCUCCCAGGACGACGAGCACAGCAGUCUUCCCAGCAUCAUCAGCCUGAUCAACGAGGGCCAUAUCGACCUGGUGGUCAACCUGCCCAAUAACAACACGCGCCUGCUGAAGGACAACUUCCUGAUUCGCAGGAUGGCAGUGGACCACGGUGUGCCACUCAUCACCAACUACCAGGUGGUGAAGCUGUUUGCCGAGGCCAUCAGCUACGCCGGGGACCUGGACACCACCAGCCUUUUCCACUACCGCCAGAGAGAAAGCCAACAGAGAGAAUCCAGGCGGCUGCUGCUGUAGAGGCACGAACCCCCCCCCCGCCCCCAACACCACCGCCAUCAGGGGAGGGGUGACAGUCGAUUGGUCCUUGGAACGUGAGGCUCAUCCGGACGAAUCAUCCGAGACAGACUUCGUCGUCAAAGCCGCUCGUCAGUUGUAGCGUGUGUGUGUGUGUGUGUGUGUGUCUGUGAGGUCUGACCUCGGAUCUGUUGCACUGCGUUUCACGUGUGUCUACCUUUGCUGUGUUCUGUAUAUGUAGAAAAGGGCUUUGAUGUGUGUUUCGCUGUCCUUCUGGUCCCACGGGUCAAGUGGGGGGUGGUCUGCCGACGCAUCGAGAGAAAACAGCAAUGUUUACAAAAA